GUGCGUCCGCGGGGUCUCAGCCGCUCGCUCCGCCCACACCGGGAUUGGGGCCUGCGCACAAAAGUCUUACUGUGUGGCGUCUGCGCACCAGCUGCGCUUUGCACUGUAGUAGGAUUUUUCAUUUUCCCCAGAUAAACAGAGAAAAGAGCAAGGUUUUCAAGGGGACACCAUUCUUACCCCGUUAACUUUCAAAGAGACUUAAAAACAGUGGCUUCCAAAUGAGCUUCUCUACAGACGGCACUGCAGAAAGAGGGAACAGAGGAGACCUAGUUAGCAGUGCCGCUUUCCACUUCCUUGUCGCCUAGUAACGGUUUCCACGGCAACCGAGCAGUCAAUAACGCUUAGCAAUCCCAAGAUAAAUAGGGUGUUUUCUUCCCGAGAGAGUACUGCUAAGAGGGGGUCAAAGGGAGACGAUGUGAAAGAGAGAACCCGAGGUCCUUGAGAAGGCAAAGAAGUAAGAAAGGGACGGAGAUACUGGGUCAGGGAGAAAAAGUUGAGAAUAGUAGCUUUUAAGGAGUCAUUUGUGGCCAUGGAUCCAACGUGCCCUUCUGAGUGCAUUUAUAACCUCAUACCCAGUGACUUGAAGGAGCCUUCCCAGCCUCCUAGGUACAUAUCAAUUUUUAAGGCAACUGUAAAAGAUGACAUGCAAAAAACUAAAACUGCAAUGAAAACGAUGGGACCAGCAAAAGUUGAAGUACCUUCUCCAAAGGAUUUCCUAAAGAAACAUUCAAAGGAAAAAACUCUACCACCCAUAAAAAAGUUUGAUCGGAACAUGCCCAAAAAGCCUGCUGUGCCAUUGAGGACUGAUCAUCCUGUCAUGGGAAUACAGAGUGAAAAAAAUUUUAUAAAUACAAAUGCAGCCGAUGUCAUCAUGGGAGUGGCUAAAAAGCCUAAACCAAUUUAUGUUGAUAAAAGAACUGGAGACAAGCAUGAUCUUGAGGCUUCAGGACUAGUUCCAAAGUACAUCAAUAAAAAGGAUUAUGGUGUCACACCUGAAUACAUAUGUAAGCGAAACGAGGAAAUAAAGAAAGCCCAAGAAGAAUAUGAUCAUUAUAUCCAGGAAAACCUUAAGAAAGCAGCUAUGAAAAGGGUCUCUGAUGAAGAAAGAGAGGCGAUUCUGCAGGGGCUGAAAAAGAACUGGGAAGAGGUGCAUAAAGAAUUCCAGUCCCUCUCAGUCUUUAUAGAUUCCAUACCAAAGAAGAUCCGCAAGCAGAGUCUGGAAGAAGAAAUGAAGCAACUGGAACACUACAUUGGUGUAAUUGAAAAACACAAAAUUAUUUAUAUUGCCAAUAAGUAAGAAUGGAUCUUUAAAGUAUAGAGAUUUCAAUGUAGGGAAAAAACAUGGAAAAUAUAAAAAUAAAACUAUAAGUUUUUCAUAAAGGAAAAUACUACAAAGAUAAUAAACAUAGUCUUAAUCAGAAUGCUUAGGCAAUGUGCAAAGAAUAAUUGAGUUAUUCACUUACACAAGAAGAAAUUUUGUUUUUACUAGUGUUUUCCACAUACAAACUAUUCAAGUUGGAGACUAUGUGUUCCAGUUCCAUAAUGUAAUUCAUUGUUAUUAUGUACUUGUUUCACAUACACAUUAAUUUCUAGAUCCUGAAAAUAAAGUCGGCACUCAGAACUUCAAA